AUGCCCUCCCACCAGGACACUAUUCCAGUUGAUGUUCCGGUGGCGGAGCGAUCAGGUCGUGCCGGAUCUGUACAUGAGUUGGACGUUCCCGAAGUUUUGAAUUUGGGCGAUGGAUGCCGCAGCAGGGCGACUGCGCAAGGCGUUGGCGAGAAGAAUAGAGAUGAUGAAACGGAGGUUGUCGCGUUGCGCGAGUUGGUACAACGCCAGCAGGAGGACCUGGAAACAGCAGCAUUGAUCGGACAAAGGCUUCUAGACAGAGUCGAAGAACUCUCGGCUAGUCUCGAGGCGGUGCGAGAGGAAAAGUGGCUGGCGGAGUGCGAAAAGGACGCGCUCCAGAGAGAUCUGGACAGCGCCACCCAACGCUCUGAAGAACCUCAGGUUGAAGAGCUUGACCUGUGGUCCCCAGCAGCCCACGCCAGGACCGGCGCCCGCUCCUCGCUCUCCGACGAUCGGCCGCUCUCUCCGGUCCUCGAGAACUCCUCUGACGCCGCCGAGGAUGUCGCAAGGCACGAGCAAGACCGGGAAGAGAUCGGGCGCCUGCGCCGGGUGGUCAAGGGCCUGGAGGAAGCCAACACCUCCCUGAGAGAAGAGCUCAUGGAGUCCCGUCUCGAGGCCACAGCUCUCAGACGCACCUCGUUGAUACAGAAAGAAGCGGCACUGGACCGGGUAAUGAAAGAAGCCAUCGGGGAUGAUGGAGAAGAGCACCGGCAGGCACGCGCUGGUUGGGGCGCUCCGGACGAUAGGCAGGAGGAAGAUGAAGCAGAGGGAGAUCGGCAGCCAAGGUCGUUUUUCUCCAGCAGUAGCUCCGGCGUCCAGGAGGGGGGGGCACCAUUCGACGAGACAGAAGCAUGCCACGCAGGAGAAGAAGACGGCCCGCGGCCGGAGGAGGCAGGUGAUGGAGGGCCACCAGGUUGCCGAGCGAGGCGCGAGUCGGGUGGUGGUGGUGGUGAAGGGACUCACAGGAGAAAACAGUCUAUCGAAUCGACAGCGUCGUCGAGGUCGUUUCGGUGCCGGUUGUCGUCAAUGUUCAGAGACGCCGAAGAGCAAGCCGAGCUGAUCGAAGCCCUCCGCGCGCAGAUCGCCCAGCUCCGGCUCGAGGCUAAGGCUACGACGCGGGCGGCGGGGACAGAAUUCCGGUGGAGAGAAAAAGCUGCGGCGUCGCACGAGCGCGACGGUGGUGCCGGGCAGCGCCGCGGCGUGUGUUCGUCGGACGACGACAGCGGGAGUGAUCGAGGCAGAGAUACAUUUCGAGAUGAAGACGCUGUCGGCGAAGAAGGUGGGAACGGUCGUGAGAAAAUCGGCAGCAGGGAUGAGGAUGGACAUCGAGCCGAUGAACACAGGUCCAACCCGCUUCUCCAAGCGCGGGUAGACGAGCUGCAGGCAGAGCUCGAGACGACAAAGCGCGCGCUUGAGGCGCUCCAGCGGCGAACGCAGCAGGAGCAGGCCGUGAGCGUCGAGCUGCAGAGAGAGCUUCUACGCCUCCACGGCACGAGGUACAACAGCGGCGCGGUGGCGGCAGCAGUCGCGCGAGUUUCAGCCGGGACUCUGCGACCAGCCUCCUACGCCGCGGGUCGUGCUUCCGAGGGAUGGGCUGGAUCCAUCGACUGUGGCGGAUACUUUUUUGCGGGGGCUGCGGCGAGACGGCAGGGUCUGGCGUGGACACGAGUUUCGAGGACUCGGGGGCGGUGA